ACAGCAAUAAGCAACAGAAAGAACCAGCAGCAGCAGCAGCAGCAGCAGCAGCACAACCGUUUGUUGUGGUCUUUCCGGCCCCAGGCAGCAGUGAAGCAACCUUUCCUUUGCUUUUCCCUUAUCUCUCUCUCUCUUUAGUCCGGCAGUGCUCUCUAUUCUUCACAACAACCCAACCCACACACACACCCACUCACUCACUUUCCCUCGGAAAGUUUACCUUAGUCUCCCUCCAGAGACCGCGAAGGAAAGGAAAAGAAGCAAGUGGAGAUACGACCAACCUCUCAAAAUGCGGAGAGUGUUUGUGAGAGAGAGAGAGAGAGAGAGAGAAUGGAGAAAAAAAAGAAAAUCAAGUUUCAACCAUUGAACAACACACUAAUUGUCCUUUCUACCAAGAAUAGUAGCAACAUUCAUCACAUCAACUUAUGCCUUUCAAGAUGCACCACUACCACCACAACCACUCAAUCACAACUUCUUGGACCAACACCACCCGGACAGUUCUUCCGUCAGCUGAGAAAUGCGGGGUAAAAACAAAUCGCCAGCCUCUGACUGAAUGCUGGCUUAUAUCUGUUAUCAAUCGUAAUCCUAAUAAACUCCGGGCUAUUCCUCGUCAGAAUCACGGGAUCCAGUCCAGAAUUCCCCCGAUCAGGAAAACCAGCGGUGACGACCAAGGUAUACGUAUACUUUCACGGCUGCAUCGCAUGUCAAUAGUCUUUCAUAUCCUACAGAUACAGUGGGGACCCAUAACGUCCAAACGGAUAAAAUAUGUACAAUACACUAAGCAACCAACCCAUCACGAAUACAGCUGGGAGGUGAGAAAGCAACAACCGACCUCAGCUGUGCAAUGGCUGGCUGCGAUAAGGCGGAUCAAGGGAACGAACACCCCCGGUCACAGUCACGCUAAUCCAAGUAAUGCAGCAACUCUCCAAUGGAAUUCAUCCGAUAGAAGAAAAACCAAAAGAAAAAAGAGAAGAGAAAAGACGAAACAAAAUCAUGUCUUACGCCAACAAAGUAGAAAUAUUAGAUAAUAUGCGCCGCCCACCACCCCCAGAUUCUUAAAAAGGACCAAGC